CCGAUCCCUUCCCCUUCUCCUAUAAAUCAGAUCCAGAGCUGAAUGAAAGAAAGAAAGCGGAUUAACUCAGUUCUGUUCACUUGGAGCUCUUUGAUUGUUCUUCAGGACAGCAUGGAUCCAGCUUUACUCUUGACUCUGCUUCUGCCGGUUGCCGUUGUUUCCUCUUCACUGGACCUGCCGCCCCAAGUUCUGUUCAAAGUGGGCGAGAGGAGAGAACUGACCUGCAACAUGUCAUCUUGCCCGGAGAAGGUGAAGUUUGUUUGGACCCCAUUAGAAGACAAACCGAUAUUCGCUACUAUCGAUUCACGGGACAAAGCAUCUGUGAUGGUCUUCGACAGUGUGAGGACGAAUCACGAAAACACCAUACUGUGCAAAGCAACCUGUGGGAAACAGACAAAACAGGCCAGAACAACUAUUAAAGUUUAUUCUUUUCCAAGUAACCCGGUUAUAUCUGGAUAUGAUAGCUUGAAAAUGGGUGAGGAAAACACCUUGCGCUGUGAAGUAUCUUCAGUAUACCCUUCGGAGUUCCUUACAGUGGAGUGGCAAUACGGAGACCAAGUUCUCAAGAAUUACGAGGAACAUUCCAAAACAGAUUCAUUUCCCUUUAAAUUCACACCUUCUAAUGAGGAUGAUGGGAAGGCAUUAACGUGCAGAGCAUCACUGGUUAUGGAUGGUAUACCAGCUGAUGAGAUGACCAAGGAAACCUCUGUACACACAACAGUUCUCACUGCACCGCAUAAUGUUAAAGUAUCUGGAGCGACCGCCGUCCUGCUGGGAUCCAGUUUAACUUUGACCUGUGAGUCCGAGGGCAAACCGAAGCCUGCAUUUACAUGGAUGGUUCUUAAACCAGAUGGCCGGUCUGUGGAAAUGGGAAAGCAUCGACAGCUCUUCGUACAAGACGUGUCCUUAGAGGAUGCUGGUACUUACCAGUGUGACGUUAGCAAUGAUUUGGGAAGUCAAAAUGUCAGCGUUUCAGUAGUCGUUCAAGCACCUCCUAUGGAUACCUUCAUUGUAGCAAGUCCACAAUCCACUGUGAAGGAAGGAGACUCCGUGAGCAUUUCCUGCAAUUCCAGCAUUGUUCCAGUGACACAACUGGUGCUCAGCAGGAGGGUUAAUGGUGUAAAAACUGAGCUAAAGUCUAGUGAAGGGGCAGAAACAUCAGUUACCUUCAAUUCCGUCAAGCUGACUGACUCUGGCAUGUUUGUGUGUGAGGCUUUCAAUGAUUAUGGCAGUCAGGAGACCAUUCUCAAUCUAACUGUUGAAGCUUAUUUGCUAGAAGUGGCUCUUCAACCGGAAGGAGAGGUUGUGUUGGAGAAAGGCUCAGGCCUGAUCCUCUCCUGUCAGGCUUCAGGUUGUCCUCAACCCAAGUUCUCCUGGAAGAGUCUUUCAGAUAUGCCAAUCCUCAGGCAAGUUAAGACAGAUGGCUUCCAGUCCCAGCUGGUUUUCGAUCAAGUAGAGUUGGAAGAUGAGGGAACUUACCUUUGUGAGGUCACAUGUGGCUCAGUCAACAAGUCCAAAGAGACAGAAGUAAAGGUUUUUUCAUUUCCAAAAAGUCCUGUUGUGAAAAUGUCUGGAUCUUCUCUGGUGGGAGAGAUGAUGAAAUUGACCUGCACUGCUCUGGACGUUUUCCCAGCCAACCUUUUCCAAAUUCUGUGGAUGGACGGAGAGCGAGAAAUGCAUUCAGAAACUGGGUCAUUUUCAAGUGGUAAAAUAAAUCUGACUUCAGUGUAUUCUUACCGGUUAAAGCCCGAGGAUCAGGACAAACGCAUCACCUGCAAAGUUUUUCUGGAAAUGCGUGGUGUGCCAACUACUCAAGCAGUAAAGACGGCAUCUGCUACACUGUCCGUUCAUUAUCCCCCGAGAGCAACCAGGAUUACUGUGAGCCCACAGAUGGAGUUAAAGGAAGGAGAAUCUGUGACCAUUUCAUGCCUUUCCAACAGCUUUCCAGUGGGGCAUACAGUGCUGAGCAGGGUGACGGAUGGCAUACAAACAAAGCUUAUGACCAGUCAUGGGCUUGAAACAGUGUUAACCAUCUUUGGGGUUGAGCUGGAUGACUCUGGCGUCUAUGUUUGUGAAACUUCCAAUAUGUAUGGAAGCCACAACGAUAGUGUGGAGAUUACAGUGAAAGCACCACCCAGGAAUACAACGGUGGAGAUCUUUCCAUCCACGGAUGUUCAGGAGGGGCAGAAUAUCACCAUCUGUUGUCGCUCCGUGAGCUUCCCUCCUGCUACGGUGGUCCUCAGCAAGCUGGAUGGAGAAAAAAAUGUCUACUCUCUUGAUGGUGUAUUCCUGCUGAUCAACCUCACUCCUAACGACACAGGCCUUUAUCAGAUCAACGUCACCAAUGACCUGGGUUACGAGACUGAGCUUUUCAAUAUCAGUGUGAUGGAGAAAAGAGUCAACCCUCCAUUAGACUGGAAUGACUUUCUAAUGCCCGCGAUUUGCCUGGGAGUUGCUUCUGCUCUGCUCGGUGUUGUGGUGUACGUGUGGAGAGCUAGGAAGAAAGGAUCAUACGACCUUACAAAGUGCAAUCCGAGCACUGUGUAGACUGUGUUUACAUUCCAUGGACUGUUUUGGAAGCAGCUAAGCUCGGCUGAACUGUCUUGUCAGGGCCCAGGGCCACCCUAAAGCGAGAACUGCAGGUGACCGAAUUCAUCACCUUGAACAUCAGGUGCCAAUAACCCAGCUUGAUGGGAAACUGCAUUCUCCGCAGUCAGAGACAAUCAAUGUGACAGUGAUUUGCCAUGCAUCCCAUGAGAAAAGAAAUCGAACCGGAGCGGUUUCUUUGUGGUCUUUGUGUUGGGACGUGUCAGCUGUUUUUGAGACCACCUUGUCUGCACUUAAAGUGUGAAGUGUGAAAGUCUAAGCUUGAAAUACAAAGGAAAAACACUGUGAAUCGUAGCUUUAAACAUUUUAUCACUACAUGAAAAUAACCACCAAGUUUUAAUUGUUUUGUACAUUUUAGAUGUCCAUAAGAGUCUGAUGUUCCGAAGUAGAUAUUUUGUCCUAAAAUUUUUAUAAAAUGCUUUCAAUUUAAUAUUUAUUAAACUUGCAGCUUUCUGUCAUUUGAUCCCGGGGAAUAUUUUAUGGGAAAAUCCAAGGAAAUUUCACUAUUGCAGGAAUCCACAGCGUCUGUUAAAGCUUCACUUUCUCUUUUGAUAUUUGAUAUCUUUUUCUCUCAUUCAAUUUCUGUUUAGCACAAUAAAGAUGGGAUGAUUUGGAAAGGCAUAUUCACACACCAAGCCAUUUCUGAAAUUCCAACAAGACGGGAACAAGCUGAAACGAAACAGGAACUAGCACACCUUCCAAAAAUAAACCACUCCACAUUUGUGCCUCCAUCCUUUCAAGUCCAAUCAGACCUUCUGAAUAACACCCCCAUCUAGUUCCUAUUUUUUUGUCCUGCAAAUUAAGACCAAACGAUUUAAAAUCGAGUUCUUUGCUCCUUUUUUAGUGUCUUAUAUUGAUUUUUUUUUUGUCAGGGUUGCUAUAAAAGGCUGUUGCCAUGGUGACCAUCCAGAAGCAAUGGGAAAGGGGGGUGGGUCGUGUUUUCAUGUUCUACAGGGAAAAGGAGAAGCAAAGGUGCGAAUGAAACAGUGUUCUCUCAGAAAGAUGGAGGGCCACUCGCCCGCUUCUUUUUUUAACCUCUUCAUAUUAAAUUUAGGACAAUCUUUUUGAAGAACCAGCAGCAAGUAAUGUUCUUACUUCAGAAACAUUGCAGUAUUUUAUCAUACUUAUACUUGUAAUACUAAUAUUGGUCUUUGUUUUGACACUAUACACAAUACAUAUGUUUCCAAAGAGGCUACUGUUUGAUUUAAUGUGAGUAAUAAAAGUGACGAACGACUGAAA